AUCUCCCCUCCAGGCCCCGCCCCCUGCCACUGCCCGCCACUUCUCCUAGUCCCUCGGAAGGAAUAGAACCACUGCUGCCAGCUGUGUCCGGAUACUGCAGCUGCUGCCUGCUCCAGCUGUAGCCUCUGGCAGAAACUUUCCUGCAUCUCCUUCCCCCUUUCAACUAGGAGUAGGGAAGGAAGAAAGAAGAGCCCCACUGCCCUUAAACUCUGCGAAGUGGGGGAAGGUGCCAGGCCAGGCUCUGGCCCAGAGCCAUGGAACGAACUGGACCACCCUACUGGCCUGGCAUUGGGUCCAUCUGUGUCCUGCUCAGCGCAGGGGCUGCCUGGGCAACUCCUGCAACCCAGUGGGAACUGAAGCAUGAGCCAGGACUGGAAGGCCCCUUGUUUGAGAGCAAAGUCGCCCUUUUGUUGGCUGAAGAGAAAGAAAAGCCCAUCUGCUUCACCCAGAGAUUGGAGGAUUUAGUCUGCUUCUGGGAAGAGAUGGCCAGCUUGGGCUCCAAGAACUACAGCUUCUUCUACCAGUUAGAUGAGGAAAUAUGGAAGCUCUGCAUGCUGCAGGUGGUCUGGACGGGAAGGGGCACCAUUCGCUACACCUGUACGUUCCCCCUGUCUGAUGCCUCCAGCUUCAUCCCAGUAGAGCUGAAGGUCAUAGCCACCCCCCCUGACAUGGAGCUCCGCCGGACCCUCUAUAUCAAUGAAGUAGUGUUUCUAGACCCACCGUCCGGCUUAACGGCGCAGCAGAUGGAGACGCCCAGCCAGGUGGCCCUUCGCUGGCUCCCCCCGCCCAUGGCCCAGGUGACCAAGGACAUCCACUACGAGGUCAAAUACUCGGUGGCAGAGGGUACCUGGGAGCAGAGGAUGGACAUCCAGGAAGGCAGGACAGACUGCAUCAUUGCCAACCUCCGUGAGCACACUCGCUACGUCUUUACUGUUAGGGCAAAGAUGGCAGAGCCCAGCUACAGCGGCUACUGGAGCUCCUGGUCCCAGCCGGUCACGAUGCUGAUCACUGUGGAUCUGGACCCUCUGCUCCUGGGCCUGUCCGUGCUCCUCACCUGUAUCCUGCUCUUGCUAGUUAUCCUGGCCCUCCUCAGGCAGCGCAGGUUUCUGAAAGAGAUGUUUUGGCCAGGCAUCCCCAGCCCAGAGCCUGGGUUCAAGGAUCUCUUUACCAUCCACAGAGGCAACUUUGAGCUGUGGCUGGGACAGAGCAACGCCUGCUUAUGGUGGGGGCCACUUAGUGCUUACCCGGAGGAGCCACCAGCCAGGCUAGAAGUACUCUCUGAACGCUGCUGGGUGGCCCCUGCUGCGGCCCGGGAGGAGGAGCCCCUGUUGGUGCCAGAGGGAGGCCGGCUGGCCCAGGGAGCCAAGGAUGACUACCUCGUGCUGGACGCCCAGCUGCUGCCCCACAGGCCAGCUGCUGAGCCCCUGAGGCCCAGCUCCUUCGGCCUUCGGGGCUCAGGCAGCAGCACAAGCAGGGCCCUGGGGGCUGAGGGGGACUCAGCCAUGGAAACGGAUGCCAAGUCUGGUUCCUUUUCCACGGCCUCCAUCUCAGCCCUAGAACCUGAGCAUGAGGAACGGGGGCUGGCCUCCAACUUUGAGUACACAAUCCUGGAUCCCAGUUCUCGACUGCUCUGUCCUCGAGUCUCCCCACCCUUCCCGCCCCCCAGACCCCCCGACCUUAAAUACCUCUAUCUUGUGGUCUCAGACUCUGGGAUUUCAGCCGACUACAGCUCUGGGGACUCCCAGGGGGCCCUGGGCAGCUCACCUGAUGGCCCCUACACCAACCUCUAUGAGAACAGCCUUCUCCAGCCUAGCUCAGAACCUCUGCCCCAGAGCUAUCUGGCCUGCUCCUAGUGGGCAGCCUCAGGACCACAGGGGCCUCCCCUAGGAACAGCUGCAGGGAGGGAGGAGCAAGGAGGCCUGCUGCGUUCUCUUUCCACCCUCAGUCCUCCCGGAGGGCCAUGGCAGGAGAGUUAUGGGGGGGGGGGGGUUGGCAUGGUUGCAGGGCACAUGGCCUCUGAGGCCUAGGGGUGGGGGGAGGAAGGAUCACUCCCUGCAAGCCCUUCUUUGCUCUUUUAUAU